UCCGGUAGUGUCAUGAGUUAGAUUAGUUGGAGCUGUGCUGGGGGCGGUGAGGGCUUGGAUUACAGUCCAGAACUCAAAGUGCUUCGGUGGUUCACGUCGGAGGGGAGAGGAGACGCCCCGUCGCACACAUGGAGGAAAAAGAGAAAAAACACUGCCUUUGGAAGUGAGGGGGAAUAAAGGAGGCCGGGAACAUGGACUCGGAGUCGCUGGACGGUUGCAUUCAGAGUACGUUAUCAGCACUCUACCCUCCGUUUGAGGCUACCCCAGCCCCCGUUUUUUGCUGGUAUCAAGUGUACCCGGUUCAGUACUGUGGCUUGCUGUUUCGCCAUGAGGGCUGGCCCCUGUGUAUUCACGAGAAGAUUGUAGUCCAGUUGGCUUCUAUUGACUGGCGAAUCUUGAAGCCUGGUGACUUCUACCUGCAGGUGGUCCCCUAUCUCAAGAAGUCUCCACGAAUUGUACUGAAAUGUUUGGCAAAAGACAAGCAUAAUGUAGAGGAAGUCGUGAUUCCAGAAGUUUCCUAUACCUCUAUUUUUACUCUGGAAUGGUUGAGUACUAUCAAUGGAGAGCGGAUGGGUAUAGCACUGGAAAAUUGUUUACUGACCACUGAUGAUAAAAUAUUUCGUGUCCCUUGGGAUAAAGUGGUUAAUCCUGAAUUUAUAAAUAAACCAAAAAUAAUUGAAAAUAAUAUCAUCUCUCCAGAAAUAACAGAGGAACCUUCAAUUUUGUGCCUCCCCAUGGACCAUGCUGAGUGCAGUUCACCAGACCUAGGAUCUCAGUAUCUACAGGAACAAAGUCCGAAUCAAGACAACCCGGUCAUUAGCAGCACAGCUCCGCAGUUGAGUGAAGCUUUUGUCAAUGGUGUGUGUACAAGUCCUGUGCCUCAAGAGAACUUGAAAAGUGACCUUGAAGGGGAGUACGUUGAGCUGACAGAAGUUUCACUGCCCAGGUUUGGGCCACAGGCAGGCUCUUUAACCCAAUCACUAGCUUUAAGUUAUCUAACUCAGCCCAGAACACAAGUGAAUGCGUCUAAAGGCAAGCACAGGUUUAUUGUCAUUCAAGACAGUACCUACUCCAAGAACUUAAUUCGGUCAGCACUUAUGCAGAAGGAGCACUGUCAAAUGGACACUCUGAGGACUUCUUCUACAGAAGUUCUCAAAAAUGUGAUUCCAUUGGAAAGCAACAAAAUGAUGGCACAUGGAGAACUGUCUCCAGAAGGUCAGCUGGUAUCGGGUGGUCCUGGAAAUAUGGGGAAUAGCUUUCCUGUGGCUGAGUCUCCUGCCUGCAGUGCAGAAGAUUCAUCUGCAGAGCAGGAGACCCGCAGUGAAUGCUCAACUGAUUGGCGAUAUGCGCUGUGCAGCUACAGCGACGUGUGUGCUGGUGAUGGUGUCAACUGCAAAGCACAAAUGCCUGGUGCUCUUGGAAAUGUGGAAGGAGAAAGUGAUGGUCCUAGCGGAAAUCCUGGUGUUGAAACAUCAGAGGAGAGCCCAGAAACAAUUCUAUAUGCUGCUGCUGCUGCCCCUGCUACAGAGGAGGUGAUACUGAAAGGACAUGGAGAACCACUGACCGAGGGUCAAAAUGAGGUGAUACAGAUGGAUCCCUCUCCUGUGUCUGUCCUGGGACCUUCAGGACCACAUUGCACACUGAAGGAAGUUUCUGAUGUUUCUUGCCAGAGCGUCGGUGAAAGUGUUGCGCCAGUCCAGGCCACUGCAUUGCUUAUCAUGCCUGAAAGUUCAGAUGUCGGUGUGAAGAGAGGCUUCCCUUCUUCAGGGAACACGGCGGAUGUAGGAGCAGUCGGUGCUUGCUGCAGUGAUCAGGAAGCAAAUCUUAGUUCUCCAUUAAAUGCUCCAGAACAGAACCAAGGAGAAGUAGAUGAAUUCGAGCUGGGAAGAAGGGACAGCCCUGAGGAAGUCAAAGAGAUUGAACAAAUAUUGACUGUAAACGAGAAUCAGACUAGUCACAGUCACUGUUCUCUCAAAGCUCCUGCAGAUGGACUCUUGUCAGGUGGUGAAGAGCAAGAGAUCUCUGCAUGUCAGCAUAAGAAAGCUGAAGAAGUCAUACUACUCCAAACUGCUCUGUCAGCAGAGGGCGAUCAGGCGGCAGAACAAUUAAAUAACAGCGACUCUUUGAUGGGCCCUGAUGCACAAGCAGAAGGCUCAAGUCAUUUCAGAACCCACAGGUCUGGAGAGAGGUGUGAGGAGCCGCAAAGAUGGGCAGAAAAUCAGGGCUGUAGAAGUGAAGAGAACUCUGUGCUGAACUCAGAGCGUGUUGCGGUACAGGACUUGCAGGGAGGGGAGGAGAACCAGGGAAGUUUUUCUUACGGGGAAAAGUCAAAGACUAUAGCCUUAAAAACACUGGAAUCCAUUGAAGAGGAACUGGAGGUUGGACCACUGUCCUCGGGACCCGCUGAGGGGCAUGCAGAGCCCACCACUCUGCACUCCCGCCAAGAGGCAGCUUCUGGGGCAUCAUCUCCUAAAGGGAUGGUGUCAGAAGGGGCAGAGAGGAGAAAAGAAGCAACCGGCACAGAUGUGUUGAAACCAGUGAGUAAAGCCAGUGCUCUGGAGGAAACCUCAACAGCUAUUACUCCUCCGACGUCCCCAGCUUCUGGGACUGCCUGGGGUGGUCGGUCUGCACCUACCAUAGUCAAGGAUGUGAACCCAGAAGUGCUCAGGAGCGGAGUUGCCUGCCUGCCUGGUACCAGAGAUAAAUCAGGACGUGCAGUGGCCAUAAUAACGACAAGGAACACAGCCUGGUUAAACCCCCACUGCAAUACCACUGAGCUUGUACGCCUUCUUCUGUACUUGCAUAGCAUCCCAAGACCAGAAUGUCAGGCUUUAGGUCUAACUGUUCUUGUGGAUGCUCGUCGCUGUUCACCGGUUCCCGCUCUCUUCAAGGCGUUCAGCAUAUUGCAGGACAUGGUUCCUCACUGUAUUCAUGGAGUACUGCUUCUGGUUGAGAGAGAUCUGACUUUUCGGAUGGAGAAGCCACCAGCAGGACAGUUUGAACUUCUCACCUCCAUGAAAUCCCUCCAUAAGCACAUAGACAGCUCACAGCUGCCUCUAGAACUGGAUGGGACCUUCCCUUAUUGCCACCGGGACUGGUUAAGCUUCCGCAUGAAGCUGGAACAUUUGCUACAAGGAUGCCAAGGUGCUUGUGCCUUCCUCCAGGGAGCUAUUCACAAAGUGGAAGCUGGAAAAUUACCAGAAAGAGCUGAGGAGGCAGCUGUGCUGCUGAGGAAUUACAGGCAGUUGAUGAAGAACGUUCUUGAAGAUGCACGGCUGGUCAGGCUGCAGCUGGAGGGUGGAGCGCUCCUGGCCAGACUGAGGAAGGAGGAGUCUUGUGUCACCCUCACCCACGACUACAGAGACGCACUUGAUGCUGCCAGCGUGCUUUAUAAUCGAGUUGAUGAGGGCGUUCACCGACUGGUGAUGCUGUCGAACAAACGCAUCCAGGAACUGGAGCUGGUGAUGGAGUUUGAGAAAGUGGAAGAAUGUUUUAAGGAGGUCAGCAGUUGGAUUGAGAAUGUUGGCAGAAAACAGCUAAAGGAAACAAUCAACCUGGACGAUUCUUUGGAGAUGCUGCUUCAAGCACAAAAGCAGUUCAGGGAGUUUGAUCUUGUUGCCAGUGAAUAUUGCAGAAGAGGGCAGGAAGCACUGAAGAAGAUGGAUCGAUGGGAAGACUUUUCCUCUGUGGAUGUACAUGCUUACAGGGUAAAGCUGCAGACCUACAAAGAUCAGCUGGAAGAGUUCUGCACUCAACUGGAUGAAAACAGGCAUCGAAUCUGUGAGACGGUCAGACUGUAUGAAUUCUUUGACAAGGCGUAUGAGUGGGCCUUGGAAGGGAUGCGACACCUUGCCUGCAUCAGCAUGGAGGACUGCAGCUCCGCUGAACACUGUGCAGGUGUGAUCAAGUGCCUGGAGAGUUACAAGGGGCAGCACCCGGACAUCAGCGAUGCCCGGUUCCAGGAGAUGAAGGAGCUGGCCUGUGAGCUGAAGAGUGACAAGGGACUCAAGCAGUGGAAAUUUGCAUGGUCCAAAUGCCAGGAGACCAAGCUGGUUUUUGAAAAGAAACUCGAAGCAGCCUUGAGAACAAGGAGGUCUCUGCUGUCAGACCGCAAACCAGCUGCGGGGGAGCAGCCCCGGGCUGGCAGCGAGGCUGGCAGUCUGUCUCACCGGAGGCACUCUGAGGGGGCCACCUCCGGGCUUGUGGCAUCUGUCCCUGGAGUGACUCUGCUCAGUCUGCCGGCUACCCCUCAUGUGCUGGCAUUCAGCUCUUGUACAAACAGCAGCACUUGGCUUUCAUAG